AGGGAAGGUUCAGCUCAGGGAUUGUUACAUCCCUCUCACUCCUGUGUGGUUCAGCCCACCAAUGUUGGAGAUGAUGGACAGUGUCCGUCCGGGCAAUCUUGAUCAGAAGGAGCCCAGUACUUCUGCCAAGGGACCAACGGGGGUCAAGCGUCCUAGGAGCCCUUUUGCUCCAAAGAAGAGCUGUGGGAAACAGAAGGUGAAGGUGGAGGAGUGGCCUGAACUUCCCAAGGCUGUGUCGGUGGAAGUGGGGGAUUGGCCUGGAGUGCCCAAGGCUGUGGAGGAGGUCCCUGUGGAGCGUCCCCGCAGACGCAUUGUCUUCAAGAAGAGGCGUACUUCUCAGCAGCAGGUUGCAGCUGCAGAUGUUGUGGAGGUGAUGAGUGGACCAUCACCUGUGACCAUUGAAGACUGUCCCCCUAUGCACAGCUCCCCAGACCUCAUCCAAAGUAAGGUCGCUGCUAAUGUUGAUACUUUGCCGGUAACGUUUGAUGCUGGGUCUGUUAGUUCAGGUGAAGAGGAGAUCAUAGUGGUCUCUGAUACAGACAGUGAGGGUUCCAUUUCUUUUGGGUGGACUGAUACUUUGCCACUAGCCCAAGGUUCAGGGUCUGUUGGGGCAGGUGUAGAUGAGGUCACAGUGAUCUCUGAUACAGACAGUGAGGGUUCCAUUUCUUUUGGGUGCUUUGAUACUGUGCCUCGAAGUUUUGGGGUGCGUUCUGUGAGGGGAUCCUUUCAUCAGGGGGAUCAGCGUUUUAAAUAUAGAGGUGUACAGUGUAUGGCAGUAAGUUUGGCUGCCAUGGCAAUGCAUAAGACCAAGAGUGUGUUUUCUUGGCAAACGAGACAUCUGGACAAGGCUGUUGUUUGUGGUGACAAGAUUUACACAUCUUUGCGUGACAAUAACUUGAUUUGUGGUGGGCACACUAUCCCGUGUAUUCCAGAGUUACCAAAGCAGUUAGAUAAAGAUGGCCAUAGUUAUGAUUUUGAGUAUGGUGACUUUGUGACUGGGGAUGUCAAUGUGGUUGAGGGAGAGUUUAUUGAUGCAGGUGUGUGCACAACUCUCAAGGACGGUUUGGAAAAGAUGUGUAUGGAAUAUGACACAUGCUUUUUCACAUUGUUAUCCCGUACUUGUGGGAUUAUUAGGGAAGGGGAACGGUUUGCUGUUGUUGACUCUCAUGCACGCAGUGCAGAUGGGAUGGUGCAUCCCAACGGAAAGAGUGUUGUUGUGUAUUUUAGUAGUCUUGAACACUUGAUUCAGCAUGUUAGCUGUUUUGCUGCAGGAUUCAGAGGGACACAGAAGUUGUUUGAGAUUGCUGGUGUUCGUGUCACUGUGAAAGUAGAUGGUGGUGCUAGCCAGUCAUCUUCAGGGAAGAUUGGUGCAAAGCGCAAGGCUACUACAAUGCCUACUCGUACCUCAAAGAGGUUUAAAAGGAGUGACCCAGUUGAUUCAGAUGUAGCAUUUGUUAGUGAGGUUACAGUUAAGGAGUUGGUGUUUAACCCUGUUCGUAAUGAUGUAGCUCGAACUUUAUGUGACAAAUUACAUGUUGAGUCAGAGAAAGUCGACGAUGUGUUUUCAAUAGUUGGUGUGUUGGGGGCUCCGUGCAAAAAGGACACAAUAGUUGGUGAUGGCAACUGUUUUUUUAGAUCAGUCAGUCAAGCUGUUUGUGGUUCACAAAAGAAUCACAGGAAAAUUAGAUUAGCUGUAGUUAAACAAUUAGAAGACAAUGCUGUAGCUUAUGAGAGCAUUUUGAGACGUGAGUUCUCGUCAGUGUCAGAUUAUGUCAGUAAGUCAAGGAUGCGUUAUGUCGGCAGUUGGGCGACAGAGGUUGAGAUUCAAGCAGCAGCAGAUUGUUUAGGAGUUUCCAUUUUCACUUACAUUGGUGAUCGCUGGCUUGAAUAUAGUUGUAAGAAUAGGCAGUUUUCCAGUCAGGCAGUGUACUUAGAUAAUGUCAAUGGUAACCACUAUGAGACUGUUGUUUGUGUUCAUCAGCCACAGUCACAGUUUUGUUAUGGUUACUGCAAAGUAGGUGAGGCUACAACAGGCUACAAUUUUAGACAGCACAGUAAAGUAGAGGCACAGGCAACAACCACAAUUUGUACUAAUGUAAACUAUUGUUUUUCUAAACAUUUGACAAGUCAAAAGUUAUUCAAAAAUAAAACUAAAUAUAGAGAAAAUAUGUUAGAGAAGUUGAAACGUCAGGAACAGUCUAAAAUUAAGUAUCUGGAGGAUGUCAUCCAUAGAGAGAAAAUUAAAGCAUUCAAUAAAGUGAAAUACACACAAGAUGUCAGCCAUAGAGAGAAAAUGAAAAAAUUAAGUAAAGUCAAAUACACACAAGAUGUCAGCCAUAGAGAGAAAAUUAAAAAAUUAAGUAAAGUGAAAUACACACAAGAUGUCAGCCAUAGAGAGAAAAUGAAAAAAAUAAGUAAAGUGAAAUACACACAAGAUGUCAGCCAUAGAGAGAAAAUGAAAAAUUAAGUAAAGUGAAAUACACAAGAUGUCAGCCAUAGAGAUAAAAUAAAAAAAUUAAGUAAAGUGAAAUACACACAAGAUGUCAGCCAUAGAGAAAAAAUGAAAAAAUUAAGUAAAGUGAAAUACACACAAGAUGUCAGCCAUAGAGAGAAAAU